CACCCUCUGCUCCCAGCCUGAGACAACACAGGAAUCCCAGAAAGCCCCGGUCACUCUCCAGCACCGGCUGCUGUCCUGCACUGUGCCCAGCGCCGCGCCGCGAUAAGGCCAUCGCCAGGGAACAGUCACAGCCCCGCCGCAGGACAGGCACCCCUGAGAAAACCUUCACUUGGCUCUGGAUUGGGGUUUUUCCACAAGCCUUGCCGAUGUUGUCCUGAAACGCCGCACUCGAUGGAUUUGGGGACAGCAUGCGACUAGCACACAUGCCACUCGGGAGCAAGCUCACGGCGCCUGGAGCCGCAGACUGAAGGCGGGAGCGGACCCGACUCUUUCGGACCUGGGCUGGAGGCAAGGGACUGAGGCUUACCAGUGUCAUCUCCAUUCCAGGCUUCGAGGACCUGAAAUCAGCUCCCCUAAAGACGGCAGCAGAAGGCCUAAAGGGAAGCAAUGAGGGUGGCGGCAUGGAGUGUGUGUGCCACGUUGUGUCUGCUGACCUGGGGGGAGUGCCGGAGAGGGGCGUCGCCCUCACAGACUAGCGCAGCAUCACGCAGGAGAAGCGCGCGGGCGGCCGAGGACGACGCCAACAGGAAGUGCUCCUACACCUUCCUCAUCCCCCAGCAGAAGAUCACCGGGCCCAUCUGCGCCCACUCCACCGGCCCAGAGCCCGACAAGGAUCGGGUGACGCGCAUGGACCUGGCGGACGUGAAGGAGGUGCUGUCCAAGCAGCGGCGGGAGAUCGAGACCCUGCAGCUGGUGGUGGACGUGGACGGCAACAUGGUGAACGAAAUGAAACUGCUGCGGAAGGAGAGCCGCAACAUGAACUCGCGCGUCACCCAGCUCUACAUGCAGCUGCUGCACGAGAUCAUCCGCAAGAGGGACAACUCCCUGGAGAUCGCACAGCUGGAGAACCGCAUCCUCAACGUCACCUCCGAGAUGCUGCGCCUCGCCAGCCGCUACAAGGAGCUCGAGCUGCGCUACUCGGCGCUGGCUGGGCUGGUCAACAACCAGUCGGUGCUCAUCACCAUGCUGGAAGAGCAGUGCCUGCGCACCUUCACUCGCCAGGACCUGCCUGCCAUGCCACCGCUGGUGCAAGUGGUGCCCCAGAACAUCCCCAUCAACAACCGCUACACCAGCAGCAACGAGAUCCAGAGGGAUCCCAAUCGGGCCUUCCCUCGGGACAGGGGGGUGCGCAUGGACGCCUCACCCACUUCCAGCCCGCUGGGGAUCCCCCCCGUACCCAUAGGCACACUCAGCUCAGACGGUAAGACAUGACAUGCGGAUGCUAACAAAACUCCACAUUGUGGAAGACAGCAGCUGUCUAAUAACUGUACACACGGUAUUUAAACAUUUAAAAGACACAGGAAUCCAAGGUAAUGUAAACAUAUAGAUUAAGAAGUGGUUAACAAAAUAAGAGCAAAUGUAGAAAUAAUGAAAAGUAAUGGUGUACCACAGGGAUCUGUUUUAGGCCUGUUGCUUAAUGAGUCUAAGUGAUUUCAAUUCUGGUGUAGUAAUUCACAGAUGAUAGAAAAAUAGGGGAUAUGGUAAACAUGCAGCAGCUGGGAAAACACAAAAAAAUCCAAGGCCUGGCCAGACAACUGGUAAAUAAAACUGAACACCGCUAAGCACUAAUCUGCCCAUGCAGC